GGUGGGGCAUGAAAACAUCAAAGAACUUCUGCACUAUUCCAGAUGUAAUCAGAUUACUUAUUUGCAAUGCAUAAGCAGGGCGGCAAGAACUCGUCCAAUCUUGGUGUUCCCGGCACCAAGUCUGAGCCCCUAGCAUCCCCUGUUCGGCGCAAGUCCUUUCAGGGUCCGGCGUUGCUGAUUGGCGGUUUCGACACGGCAGGCGGUCCUUCCAGCGCAAUCAAGGCGCCGAGCAACCGCUUCUCGUCGAGUGCAGCUGGUGCGGCGCACAUUACGAC